UGCCAUGAUUUGCAUUCCUCACCUUACGUUCCUGUGCCUGUUCAAGUGGGUGAGGUAGUAGGUAGUAGCCGUAGUAAAUCGACAGCCAUGAAGUCCUCCGCUAUCAGCGCGUUGGCGCUCGCAUCAUCAGCAGCUGGUUCCAAGUUGGGUCUUAGACAGACGAACACGACAACGACGACUACGGCUCCCACUGCGACAGAGCCGUGUGCGAUUGUGAGCUCUACUUGGUCGGCCCAGAUCGGCGCCACCGCUACGCCAAUCGUUGAGGCGUCGAUAGCUUACGAAUGUCUCAAUUCGGUCCCGAUCGACAAGGAAGGGGCGCUCAAAUUCAUCGACGAGCUGAAGCCUUACAUCGAAUGGCAAUCCGACACUGCUUUCAAGAAGAACCCCCCGGCUGACUAUGGCUACCCUCCUACCGAUCUUUGGGCCUCGAUUGAUGAAGUUGAGGAGGCCCUAAACGCCGACAAGUACGCUAACGAAUACGCGUGGCAAGCGGAUCUAUACGUUAAGCUAUUCGGACCGGCCCACGAUGGCCAUUUCGUAGUCUACAUGGAUGCGUUAUCUGCCGCCGUUGAGUGGCAGAGACCCUACGCCUUAGUAUCGAUUAGCGAAGAAGGCCCCGACGGCUCUGCACCGGUGAUCAAGAUAUACGACGACAUCGUCAAUGGCGUGGAAAACCCAUCCACCGUGAAGCUCAUCAACGGCGUAGACGCUGCUACUUUCAUCGAGGAUUGGAUCAACCAGGCUGGUGGUAACCAGGACCUCGACGCUGCUUACAACUCCAUGUUCUUCGAGAAGGCGUUCCUGGCCGAGAAUAAGAACUUAGGAUACUUCCAAACAGGAGGUCGCGUAAGGUACAUCUACCCUGGCAACUCUACCUCGUUCACCUUCGAGAAUGGAACAGUGCUGGAUUUACCCAACCAAGCGAGGUUGAAGGGUAAUUGGCGAACAGUCGUCGAUGGACCCUCCUUCUUCGCCGAGUUCUGCCCCGGCGCAUCUACUAGCAGUAGUGCGACGACGGAGUCAAAGACCACCGAAACAGCCUCGGGCGCGAUAGAUGCUGAAGCCGCAGGAGUUCCCGUCUCAGGAUACCCCAGUCCUGUCAUCGUUUCUAGCGAUUCCUCGAUCUCCGGCUACUUCAUCAACCAAACCGGUUUUGAAGACGUGGCGGUGCUCGCGAUGCUCUCCUUCUCUCCUAGCGAUCCCGUCGAGUUCCAACAAGUCGCCCAAGACUUCUACGCAGCUGCCGUACAAGCUGGGAAGACCAAGCUCGUCGUCGACGUGCAGGCUAACGGCGGAGGUUACAUCUUCCUCGGAUACGACGGUUUCCGCCAAUUGUUCCCGGAUAUCGUGCAGGAGGGCUUAGGACGAUGGCGACAGCACGAAGGCUUCGCGGCCGUCUCCAAGGUUUUCUCCGACGUCUCUGCCGAUUUCAACCCCGACACCGCUUCCGCCGACGUGAUCGAGGCAUACGAAUCGGUCUUCAACUGGCGGUACGACCUCAACAUCACGGACGGCAACUUCGUCUCUUACGACGACAAGUUCGCGCCGCACACGUUCCUAGGCGACAACUUCACGAACCUGAUGCAGUGGAACUUCAGCGACCCGCUCAGCACGAGCAACAGCACCUUCGGUUUCGGCACCGACAUCACGGGGUACGGCACCCGCGCAAACUUCACCCGUCCCUUCGGCGGCCCCGAAAACAUCGUGCUGCUCCUCGACGGAUACUGCGCCUCCACGUGCACGCUAUUUUCCGAAUUCCUGAGGUCGAACGCGGGCGUGAAGAGCAUCGCCAUGGGCGGGCGCCCGAGCAAGGAGGGCCUGAUCCAGGGCGUCGGGGGCGUGAAGGGGUCGCAGAGCUACGGCUUCGACGACGUGUACGCGCAGGCGCAGGCGGCGCUCGGGUUCACGAACGACACGGACGUCGCGGCGACGCUGAACACGUACACGGAGUACGUGGUGGACCGCAGCACGGCGGCGAGCCUGAACGUCAAGGACCAGAUCCUGGCGGGCGACGUCGCGGACGGCGUGCCCGCGCAGUACGUCGUCGAGGAGUCCGACUGUCGGCUCUGGUGGACCGCGCCCAUGGUCACCGACAUCACGGAGCUGUGGAAGGCGGCCGCGACGGCGGCCUUCAAGGGCGGCAAGUGCGCGUAUGGUGCCAUCGACUACCCGACUAGCAAUGCAACCACGGCAAGGAGAGCCGCCUCCGUCCCUGCAUCCGUCGGCAAGCCGAGGCGGACGCUUCCGAAGACUGGAACCGCUGCAGCUCCGCCGACGACGAAGAAGCGGGACGCCGUGCAGAAGAGCGCAGCCUUCAUGGCCAAUCAGUUCAUGAAGGCGAUCGAUUAAAACAAACAUUGUGCCUCUCGUCGCGUCUACUGCCCCGUACAUAUAUUUGCAUUACGAGCCACGGGAUUCGAGACCGCCGCCAUUGGACGUAGAUCCGCGGUUCUAGAUUGUAAUGUAGAUUAGAUAAUAGGUGAUUCUAGGAUAUAGGUGACAUACUGUGCCAUAAAAUGCGCGCUAUAAAAGACUAGGAAAUGAGUAUAAUGACGAUAUCUGAACCGACUGACCCCUGACUUUGGUACGAGUCGCAUCACUUAUUUUGAGCCA